AUGAAAAAUGCACGCAGUGGCACACCACAGAAGCUCAAGAGCUCCAAAGAAUGGUUGGAACCACAAUCGAUUUCUUUUAUUGAGGUCUUAGCUAAAGAAGAUACUGAUGCAGCUAUUCAAUCAAUAUUAUACAGAGAAAAUUAUGUAAUUAAGGAACUAGAUAAGUGUUUACAACAUCAUGACUUCUUAAAGGCAAGAAGGAAAGAGAUGCUACAUAAAAGAUGGGUUGACCAUGUGGCAGACCCUCUCCAGAAGAAAAUCAUAGAAAAAGUUUGUUCAUACAAAAAUAUUAAAAAAAGGAGACAAGAGGAACUAGAUUGUUUUUUAAAACACAUAAAUAAAAAGGUUACCAUUCCACCAUUACGUGACCCUUUGAAAAAGGCACAAUGGGACAAGGAUAAUGAAAAAAGAACUCUUCUUCAGUGUGAGACUGGCAAAAUAUAUACAAUGAAAGAAUUUAAAGAGAUUGAGAAGGCCAAACUGCGUUCAAGAUUCCCAAGCAUUUCCAACUCAAGGGACUUUAUCACUCCAAAUGAGUGGCUUAAACUGCCUACAAGAUACGUAGAAAGUGAAUUUUGUAAAAGGAGCAGGUUAAAAGUGAAAGUGAAUUUUAACCAUACUAGUUUUGAUUUGAAGCCCUUGGCAAGAGCUCCUCAUCUUCCGGCAUCCCAGGAAGAAGAAACAGCUGUUACUUACAAAAAUAAAGGGUUACCCUUUCUGGAAAAGGAAACUCUGUGUUACCAGGAGGGAAAGAAUCCAAGUCCCAAAGAGGCCAACCCUGAAGGGCACUGUUCUUCCUUGAACCUCAGCCAGAAGGUAGAACGGGAUGAAGAUCAGGAUGUGAAAAGAGUAAGUGCUAGUUCUUUGCAGAUCCUGGAUUCUGCCCUGAAGCUAAAGUGA